AUGGGAUUCUCAGACUCUUUGCAGGAUCAGAUCAUACAUGGCAUUUUAUUUUUGCUAGUUUAUCUGGCAGCUCUUACAGGGAACCUGCUCAUCAUCGUGCUUACCACUCUGGAUGUCCACCUACAAACGCCAAUGUACUUCUUUUUAAGAAACUUGUCUUUCUUAGAUUUUUGCUAUAUUUCUGUCACUGUUCCUAAAUCAAUUGUCAAUUCCUUUACUCACAAUACUUUCAUCUCUUUCUUUGAAUGUGCUCUGCAAGUAUUCUUUUUCAUGGACUUGGCUUCCACUGAGACGGCCAUUCUUACAGUGAUGUCCUAUGACCGCUAUGUGGCCAUCUGCCGGCCUUUACACUAUGAGGUCAUCAUGAACCAAGGUGCCUGUGUCAAGAUGAUGACCAUAUCAUGGCUCAGUGGCGCGAUCUCGGGGUUCUUACAUGUGACAUCUACUUUCUCCUUACCAUUCUGUGGGUCCUAUACAAUUCAUCAUUUUUUCUGUGAUAUUCCACAGCUGCUAAGCCUCUUGGACUCCAAAGUGAUAAUCAGUGAGAUUAGAGUCAUGGUUUUUAUAACCAGUCUUGUGAUAAUCUGCUUUGUUUCAAUUACUGUCUCGUAUGUGUACAUUUUCUCCACCAUCUUGAGGAUUCCAUCCAAGGUGGGUAGAUCAAAAACAUUUUCCACCUGCAUUCCACACCUUGUGGUGGUGACACUCUUUCUAGUAUCUGGUAGCAUUGCCUAUGUGAAGCCAAUUUCAGAUUCCCCUUCCUUUUCAGACCUUCUCCUGCCUGUGUUCUACACAGUUGUACCUCCCACCCUGAAUCCCAUCAUCUACAGUCUGAGGAAUAAAGACAUGAAGGCAGCUCUCAGAAGGCAGCUUGCUAAAGGAAAUUGGGUCAGGGACUCAUAUUCAUGA